GGGCUGCUGGGAGAGGGAGGCUGUGAUGGCGCAAUGUGGCCAAGAUCCGCCUCCCCGGAGAGCUCAGGGCCGACUCCUUUCCUCCCAGCGGCGCUGCUCUCAGGAAGAUCUCACUGUAUCGGUGGUAUUCCCUGGGCUGGUAACGCGGGAAAGCUGCUGCCGAUUCACCUGCGAGCUGCUAAAGCACAUUCUGCACCAGCGCCACCAACUGCCCCUCCCGUAUGAGCAGCUGCUGGGGUUCAGCGGGAAAGCGCAGGGAAGUGAAGAUGCUGCCAAGAAACGCUCUUGGACCGAGGAGCUGGGGAACCGCCAGUGCAAACAGACUCUGUCGGACCUGGAGGAGCUACUGGGUCAGCUUGAAACUCUGUUCGCCAUCACCCCUGUACCCCGCGUUCUGCUGCUGCUGGGGGGGAACCCCGUGAAUCCCAAAGAGCUGUACGAUAUCGACAUGGCGGGGGUGAGCGUGGGUAACGGGGAGCAGAGCCUGGGUACCCGGCCGUGUCUGCGCCAGCUGUUCCAUGCCCUGUUCCUGGCCGACCCAUUCAGCGACCUGCGCGCUACGUCUGUACUGAGUCUGGUGGUGAUGGUGCAGGGGCAGCGCCAGUGCGGCACAGACUGGUUCAAGCCCAAGCUGAAUUAUAAGGUGCCCAGCAGGGGCCACACCCUGACUGUCAGACUGGCAUGUACGGACUCUCCGGCCCCGGAACCCACCAGCGGGGAUUAUAUCUGGUUCCAGGCUCCCGUUACAGUCAAGGGCUUUCAGAACUGAACGUCUGGGUUUUUAUCUUUGGACCAAGUGUUGCGGUUCUGGCAGGAAAAUGGUGCUGCUGUAGGCGAAACCUUGUAUUCUGUGAGGAACCUGUGUGCGGGUGGGGGUACCCCUGCUGCUGCAUAGGGUUAGUAAUGGGGCAGAUAGGGGACAGGAAGUGCCCCCCGGGGGUAGGUGCAAUACAGGGGGCCCCAGAGUAUGGGCUGCCAUUCUGCCAGGGCACAUCCUGUGUCUGUAUCACUGCCUGAAACUCAGCCCCCCCCACCCCAAGGAGAGGCACAACUAUAACUCCCUGUAUGGCAAUAGCCUGAAACUUUCCCUCUGUACAACGAAGCUCGAGCCCCCCCACCCCAAGCCUAAGGAGAGGCACAACUAUAACUCUCUGUAUGGCAAUAGGGUGAAACUUUCCUUCUGUACAAGGAAGCUCGAGCCCCCCCACCCCAAGCCUAAGGAGAGGCACAACUAUAACUCUCUGUAUGGCAAUAGGGUGAAACUUUCCCUCUGUACAAGGAAGCUCGAGCCCCCCCACCCCAAGCCUAAGGAGAGGCACAACUAUAACUCCCUGUAUGGCAAUAGCCUGAAACUUUCCCUCUGUACAAGGAAGCUCGAGCCCCCCCACCCCAAGGAGAGGCACAACUAUAACUCCCUGUAUGGCAAUAGGGUGAAACUUUCCCUCUGUACAAGGAAGCUCGAGCCCCCCCACCCCAAGGAGAGGCACAACUAUAACUCCCUGUAUGGCAAUAGGGUGAAACUUUCCCUCUGUACAAGGAAGCUCGAGCCCCCCCACCCCAAGCCUAAGGAGAGGCACAACUAUAACUCUCUGUAUGGCAAUAGCCUGAAACUUUCCCUCUGUACAAGGAAGCUCGAGCCCCCCCACCCCAAGCCUAAGGAGAGGCACAACUAUAACUCUCUCUGUAUGGCAAUAGCCUGAAACUUUCCCUCUGUACAAGGAAGCUCGAGCCCCCCCACCCCAAGCCUAAGGAGAGGCACAACUAUAACUCUCUGUAUGGCAAUAGCCUGAAACUUUCCCUCUGUACAAGGAAGCUCGAGCCCCCCCACCCCAAGCCUAAGGAGAGGCACAACUAUAACUCUCUCUGUAUGGCAAUAGCCUGAAACUUUCCCUCUGUACAAGGAAGCUCGAGCCCCCCCACCCCAAGCCUAAGGAGAGGCACAACUAUAACUCUCUGUAUGACAAUAGCCUGAAACUUUCCCUCUGUACAAGGAAGCUCGAGCCCCCCCACCCCAAGCCUAAGGAGAGGCACAACUAUAACUCUCUGUAUGACAAUAGCCUGAAACUUUAUCCUGACUGGGUCGGCCUGACUCCUGAAUGCAUAUGAACCCCAAUAAUCUCACUGCCCCCCAAAGGGGAGUAGUCGGGAAUGGAGUAAAUCCUGUGCCUUAUACAUAGAUACCCCCAGGGUGCUGCUGCGGGGGUCACUAUCUGACGUGCCGGGGGCAGCGCUGGGGUCACUAAGGCCUGAACCGCACAGGUUGCACUUUCUCUCCUUGGUUUUUAAUGUAAAGUUUUUACUUUUUUUUAUUAUUAUGAAACUAAAGAGAAUCUAUAUUUUUAUUAAAGUGACAGGUGCUAAACUUGCUAAUAUUUAGCAGCCCAAGGAAUUUCCCAACAUUCUGUCUGUCUGUCUGUCUGUCAGAGACGCACAGUUUAACCCUGUGUCUGUGUAUAGAGGCUGCACUAUUUCAUUUUCUCUGUCUGACCUAUGGCAUUGGCUUCUUCUAGGAAACUACCUCCUCUGCACCCCCAUACUUUGGGACCCACCCUCAAAUAAAGGUUUUUAUCCAAA